GUCAAAGCCUCUCUUUCAGUUGAAAAAGAUACGCCCGUUGUCAUUGAAUGGAGAGGAGCUGUUCAAUAUAUUGGCCUAAAUAUGGCUGAGAAAAAGUGUAUAGUAAAUCCUAUGGAAAGUCAAGAAGCGAGUUCAGACGAAAUAAAAGAAUAUGGACUAUGUGACCCGUGUUUGAUAUCUGACAAAUCCAGCACUGCAGAAAAAUAUUGCAGCGAAUGUGAAGAAAAACUGUGUGAAGACUGCGCGAGAAAUCACUCGAAAAGAAAGGCCACUUCGUCUCAUAAGCUCAUUUUGAUGCAAGAAAUACAUCCAGCUAGAGAUUUGCUUUGCAGUCCAUGUACCUAUAAUGAAAAAGUGUCUAAAGCUGUUUCAUUCUGCAGUAUGUGUGAAGAGUACCUAUGCGACACCUGUACACAUUCUCACAAGAUCAGAAAAGCUACACGUCUUCAAUAAAAAUUGAAGAGUUAAAUCGGUCUUCAAAGUCUGCUGAAAAACACCAUCUUGCAUGCAAUGUGAAGACAGUGGCAUCCGAUCCACUGCGUCAUACUACUGCGAAGAAUGUGAAGAAUAUCUUUGUGAAAUGUGUAGAGAAAGUCACUCUACUCGAAGAGCAACAAAGUCACACAUACCUGUUCCAAUCUCUUUCCUUAAACCAAGUGAUAGUGAUGAAAACAAAGACAGAGAAGAAAGCAGUAAAAUGUGUGAUCCAUGCACUUACUUAGAUAAACGUGUAGUUGCUUUAUCAUUCUGUGCACAGUGCGAGGAGCUUCUUUGUGCAGACUGUACUAAACUACACCGAACAAGGAAGCUCACAAAAUCACAUAUGCUUAAAAAACCAAAACGUGCUGAAAUCGUUAAAGUGAAGUGCGGCAUUUGUGAAAGUAAAACAGAUAAAAAAACUGCAAUGUACUGUAGCACUUGCGAAGAGACUUUGUGUGGACGUUGUGCAAAUAAACACAAACAAAAGAAAAUGUUUCAAAACCAUUCUCUUCGAGCAACAAACGACAACAUUCCAAAACCGACAAUAAAAUGUGAUCCAUGUAACAAAAAUAACGAAGUAAAGUCUGCAGAAACAUUUUGCAAGCAGUGUGAAGAACAUUUGUGUGAGUUUUGCACUCGACAUCACAGUUCCCAGAAAAUGACAAAACAUCACAAUCUAAUUGAUCCAAUAUCGUGUGCUGCAAUAUUCCUUCUUUGCGACACCUGUUUGGAAAAUGAGAUCCAGGCAAAGGCAACAAGUUACUGCAUUGAAUGUGAAGAAAACUUUUGUGAUGACUGUGGACGAAAGCAUAAAUCCUUGAAAAUAUCAAAAAAUCAUGAAAUAGUUGACGUAAGUAAUAUUAUUCCCAGACGCAGUAUUAAAAAUUGCAAUCAGUGCCAAGAAAAUGGAAAAUCGGCAAAUGCUGUUAGGUACUGUACAGACUGCAAAAAAUAUUUCUGUACAGAUUGCUGCCAAAUACACAAACGCUAUAAAGUUACCAAAUCCCAUAACCUGCUUGAAAUAGAAGAGGCUUACAAAUCAAGCAAACAACAUAGCAAUUCCUGUAGCGCACAUGGUACAAAAGCAGUCGAAGAAAGUUUGAAAAGAAUUGCUUUAAGAAACCGAGAUGUAAAGCCGGGUCCACAAGGCGAAAAGGACAUACCUGGGAAGCCGAAAUCAUUAAAUGUUCUCCCAGAUACUAUAACAUUGUCAUGGGACCCACCGUCACAGUUAGACGAAAAGGACCUUUACGAGAUAAGCUUUAAAGUUCAAGAUCAUGAUCAUCAAUGGAAGAUUCUGUCAGAUAAGUUUACAACGACCACUGCUGACGCGAAAAACUUGAAGUCGAAUACCGCAUAUAUUUUCCGUGUCCGUGUGGUGUGUGAAAAUAAUGAGGGACCGUGGAGUGUGGAAAGUGAUGUCAUACUUACACUAGAGUCAUUGGCUUCUCAGAUCGUUAAAUUUGCAGUCAAGAUAAAGGAUGGGGAUCCAUCACCAGCAAUAUAUGCUUUGCCAAUGACGGAAAUACAAGCGGCAAGGGAUGAAAAGGCAAUGUUGCGAAAGUUUGAAUUUGGUGCAAAUAACGCACUGGGUGGAGAAGCCAAAACGAUCAUGUUAGCUGGUCCUGUGGGAACUGGAAAGAGUACAAUGGUUGAUGGAUUCGUAAACUAUGUACUUGGUGUCAGGUGGGAUGAUCCUUUCAGAUUUACGGUUUCAAACAGGACACAACAAGAAGCAGACGGACAGAUAAAGAAUGAUGCCUUCGCAGACUGGGUAACAACUUAUACAAUAAAUCCUCAAAAGGGCAGUCGAUUGCAAUAUCAGCUGAAUAUCAUAGAUACCCCCGGACUUGGGGAUUUACGUGGGCUAGAAAGAGACCAGCAGAUAGUGAAUCACAUUAGUCAAUUAUUCUCCCAAAAUCAACCAAAAGGUGUCGCAUUGAUAGAUGCAGUCUGCCUACUUGCGAAAGCGCCAGAUGCACGCUUAUCUGCCACCCAAAGCUGCAUUUACCAGUUAAUAAUGUCGUUGUUUGGGAAAGAUAUUGAGAAAAAUAUAUGCUCCCUAGUAACAUUUGGAGAUGGCCUGGUCCCUCCUGUCUUGUCAGCUUUAAGACAAUGCGGACUUUCCUUCAGAAGGUAUUUUGCAUUCAAUAAUUCCAGUCUUAUAUCAAAUAAUGUAAAUACUGAGUAUUCGAGUGUGGCAAAAUGUUUCUGGGAAAUGGGAUUCAAAAGUUUUAUUAAUUUCUUUGAUCACAUAGAACAUGUGGGAAAAACAAGUCUGCAACUUACAAGAGAUGUCCUUGCUGAAAGGGUUAGACUAGAGUCUACCACAACAAAGCUUCAGCCAGAGUUCGAGGCUAGACUCUCGAAGUUUAAUUGUCUCCAAAAAGAAAAAGAAUUUUUUAAUGAACAACAGGAUUUCGAGUUUGAAGUAGAAACAAAAAUGAUUAUCAAGAAAGACUUGCCAAAAGGUCAGUAUGCGAACAACUGCAACGUCUGUGCUUUGACGUGCCACAAAAAUUGUCAAGAUAGCAAAAUAAACACAUGUAGUGUUAUGGAUUUUAGAGGAAAUUGUACAGUCUGUCCACAGAAAUGUCACUGGAAAUCGCAUGCAAGGACUUCUGUUGCAUUUGAGUUAGAAACUGUUAAAGAAAAGAAAAGGUAUGCAGACGUGGCAAACAAAUACAAAAAUGCACCAGGAUAUUCAUUAGGAAAGAACGACUAUGAAGGGAAACUUAAAGAAGAAGUAGGUACCUUACUUGAUGGUACAGAAGAGAUGAUGUCCGUAAUCAAAGCAUGCAAUAAAAGACUGCAAGAAAUAUCUUUAAUACCUAACCCUUUAACAAGAACAAAAGAUAUUGAUUCAUUGAUUGAAAACGAAAAUCUUACUAAAACAGAUGGAUAUCAACAGAGAAUAUACCUACUGAAGAAAUUCCGUGGACGAGCUCAGACAUAUACGGAAUUUGAGAAGUUAAGACAAGAGGUAAACAAAACGCUUGGGAAAGGGUAGUACGGUUGAUGAAGGAUUACACCAUAAAAAAAAUAAAAUUGACCAAGUCAUGCCUAUGAACGUAAGUCAACGAAAUGAUGAUUUCUGACGAUCCUUGGGACGAAAUUUGAUAUAUGAAGAGAUAUUUUAAUUCCUGCAAAACAUCCUUUCAUUUAUUGAUUAAUUUUUUUGAUUUGAUAUGGUUUUGAUUGUAUUGUUUCAGAAACGAGGACAUGAAUUUCUAUAAACACUGUCAACUACUAUCAAGUGAGUGUAAGCAUUCUCCUUCAGGUUGUCAACUGUUUCGAAAGUAUUUAAACGAAGAUAAAACUGUCGUAUUCCCUUUUUGCAGAGUUGACACAAUAUUGUACAUAACCUGUAAAUAUUUGCCCGAAAUAGAAACCAUACAUAUUAAUUUUUGUAAAUGAUUUCUUGGAGUAAAAAACUCAACGAAUAAUACAAUUAUUUUGGGAGAAUGUGACAGUGUACCAAUGUUUUUCCUAAACGGUGUUAUUACAUGCUAAAAUCUUUAGAUAAUGUAGGCAUCAUAAUAUUAUAGGAUCAUUGUGAAACAAUUGCUUAUUAGUCAAGUGAAGUCCAAUAUUAUAUUUCAUUUGCUUAUGCAUCAUUAGCUCGACUAUUCGAAGAGUAAGUAGGGCUAUCCUAUUCACCACGGCGUCGGCGUCGGCGUUACACCUUGGUUAAGUUUUUCUUACCAGUCCACUUUUUGACAAAGUCUUUUGAGAUAAACCCUUGAAACUUUCAACACUUGUUUACCAUCACCAUGUUCAGUUGUAGGCAAGAGAACAUAACUCUAUCAAGGAUUUUGACUGAAUUAUGGCCCCUUUUAACUUAGAAAUCUUGGUUAAGUUUUUCGUACCAGUUCACAUUUUGUGUAAAGUGUUUGACCUAUGGCUUUGAAACUUUUAUCACUUGUUUAUUAUAACAGUCUCUAUCUGUUGGCAAGAGUACAUAACUCUGUCAACUAUUUCGACUGAAAUAUGGCCCUUUUUGGACUUGGAAAUUGGUACAAUUUGUGUACAAGUCCAUGUUUUGUCAAAACUAUUUGAUACAAAUAUAUGUGGCUCUGAAAGUUUGCACAAUUGUUCAACAUCACGAGUACAUAACUUUGUCAACUAUUUUGGCUGAAGUGUGGCCCUUUUUUACUUGGAAAUUGGUUCAGUAUUCGUACAAGUCCAUGUUUUGUCAAAACUAAAUGACAUGUGGCUUUGAAACUUUGAACUCUUGUUUAUCAUCAUGAUUUCCAUCUAUAGGCAAGAGUGCAUAACUCUAUCAACUAUUUUGGCUGAAUUAUGGCCCUUUUUGUACUUGAAAAUUGGUUUAGUUUUCGUACAAGUCAACGUUUUGUCAAAGCUAUUUGACAUGUGGCUUUAAAACUUUUAACACUUGUUUAUCAUCAUGGUUUCCAUCCACCUGUAGGCAAGAUUACUGUCAACUAUUUUGGCUAAAUUAUGGCCCUUUUUGGACUUGGAAAUCAGUGAAGUUUUUAGUACCAGUCUAUAUUAUGCCUAACCUGUUUGUCAUAUGGCUUUGAAACUUUAACCACUUGUUUACCUUCAUAGUCUUCUUACCUAGGACAAGGACUUGAGCUCAGUUCUGGUCUUCUUCUGGACGUAGAAAUUAGUAAAGUUUCGCAUACCAUUCGAUAUUUUGUCUAUCAAUUGUUUGAUAUAAAGGAUUUGACACUUUGAACACUUGCUUACCAACAUGGUCACACAUUGCAUUAUAGUGUAAUCCAAAUCCACAAAUGCAGGUACAUUGUUUGUAAUGUUUUGACACUAUACUACUAUCAAUGCUUCGAAUAGUCGAGCGCGCUGUUAACAGACAGCUCUUGUUUUUAUUUUUUUCUAAUAUUACAGGAUAAUUGUUUAACAGUUGCAUUUUAGUCUAAUGAAGUCCAAUAUUAUAUUUCAUUUCCUUAUGCAUCAUUUUUGGUUGCGGGUUUAUCCCGCUACCAAAGUUAAGUGUAUUUCUGACAAUCAUGUAGCAUCUUUAUUUGAUUCCAAAUCACAUCCAAAGGAAUUUGUUCAUGUGCUACACAAAGUAGUCCCAUUCAUGAACAAUGCGGAUGAAUUAUCAAUGACCAAGCAGUUCUUAUUCAUCCUCUAUCCAUUCA